GGGAAAGCGGCGAGUAAGAUGGAAGAUGAGGAGGUCGCUGAGAGCUGGGAGGAGGCGGCAGACAGCGGGGAAAUAGACAGACGGUUGGAAAAAAAACUGAAGAUCACACAAAAGGAGAGGAAAUCCAAAUCUCCUCCCAAAGUGCCCAUUGUGAUUCAGGACGAUAGCCUCCCCACGGGGCCCCCUCCACAGAUCCGCAUCCUCAAGAGGCCUACCAGCAACGGUGUGGUCAGCAGCCCCAACUCCACCAGCAGGCCAGCCCUCCCCGUCAAGUCCCUAGCGCAGCGCGAGGCAGAGUACGCGGAAGCCCGGAAGCGGAUCCUGGGCAGCGCCAGCCCCGAGGAGGAGCAGGAAAAACCCAUCCUCGACAGGCCAACCAGGAUCUCCCAACCCGAAGACAGCAGGCAGCCCAAUAAUGUGAUCAGACAGCCUCUGGGUCCCGACGGGUCACAAGGCUUCAAACAGCGCAGAUAAACGCGGGCGAGGAAGGAUGCCGCCGCUGCCGCCAUCGCGCCUCCUGGGCCGUCCGCCGCGGGUCGCACUGCCGUGGCCGACAGCUGGACUUGAGCAGAGGGAACGGCCUGACUUACUUGCACUGUGAUCCCCCUUGCUCCACCCACUGUGACCUUGAACCCCAUGCACUGUGACCUCCCCUUCCCCCUUCCUACUGUGAGUGGCACGUCUCCAAGGGCUGUCCCAAGUCAAUGGAAAGGGAAAGGGCGGGGGUCAGGGGAGGGUUGGGGGACCCACCUAGGACUCAGAGUAGAGAGUCAGGCAGUGCCACUUGGCCACUUGGGGUAAGCCAGCGCCAGCAAUAACAGUUUAUCAUGCUCAUUAAUUUGGGAUUUCAAAACACAAAUGAGAACUCCCACCCGCCCACCCCCAAGUGCAUGUCUUCAUCACCUAGAAGCAAGUUCCAUUGGAAAAUAUCCUUUCUUUUUUUUUUUUUCCUUCCUAUUUUUGUUUGUUUAUACAAAUACCUGAUUUGCAAGAAAAAGUGCAUGGGAGGGGUUUUAGGAGUUUAAUGAAUUUUUAAUUGAGAAAGGGUAGUUUGAUAGCCUACUUAAACAUGUUUCUGGGAAAUCCCCUAGAAACAGUAACCAGUAGGAUAUUGGUGAGCUUAGCUUCUGUAUUCCCACUGCCGCCCGACAAAAGGGGCAGGGCUUUGCCGCCCCCAGGACCGACGAGCACCCCAUGCCUAUACCUCCCUCCUCCCAGCUAAGUCCCAGGACACCGUGGCUCUACCUGGAGUCUGGGCUAGCUCUAUGGGCUCAGAGAGCCUGGGGAGGGUGCCAACCCCACCUCUAGUAUUUUUGGGAGAUAGGGAAAGUGAACAGACUUCCCUUCCCAUACCCCUCAGGGUAGUUCCCUACCAGCCAGGCUUGCUACUUCUAGAAGAGGGCAGGGAGUGAGACCACACUCCUGGGCUUUGAAGUCAGGGAUGAUGCGAGACUUGUUCAGUAUUUUGCUGGCAGCACAAGGAAAACCACGAGAGUCUGGCUCCAGGAGGCGGGGCCUUCUGCCUGGUGUGGUCCAAAGGCCGCUGGACCUCCCACUCCGGCAGGGCUUGACUCGCAAGGGUGCGCGGAGGGCCAUCUCUGUGGAUGGCAACAACUUGCUAAUUAUUCCUGGUACAUUUCCUGUGUGAAAUCACUCCCGUGGGAGCAGACCAUUCUGAAUACAUUUGGGAGAAGAAAAGCUUGUGUGUUGCAGAGAUUGGUGACGGCAGACGGGUUUCCCCACAGGCCUAGGCUGCCCUUCACCCCUUUUUCCGGACAGAGGCCCUGGAAUGAAGGCCGUUUGCCCUCUGUCCCUGGAGCCUGGAGUUUGCUUUGCCUCCUGGAGGUGAAGAGGCUACAAGGGCAACCGCACAGAGCAGCUCUGUGUACAGUCUGGGGCCUCCCAGACUUUCUGGACUCUUCCGUUGCACUGCGCCUUAUCCCCCAGCCAGCCAGCCAGCCUCCCCACUCAGCGGGUGGACUUUGGAGUGGUCAGUGUGACGGUUUGACUGCAGCAGCUCCCAGUGGCCCAGGGGCAAGCGAGGUUCUGCGGUCCCCCCUCUGGCGUGCCUGGCUCAGCCUUGCCGUGGGGAAGGAGGCCCGACGCGCCGUCUCCCAGUGCAUCUUCCUGUCAGACGAGGGGCGGCUGCCCGGCGAGCCGGCGGCUAGUGCACCGCACCUCUGCGCGCGAAGCCAGGAAAUGCUGCGAGUGGAGCUGAACGAGCUGCAGUCGUUAGGAGCCCACGGGGUGUGGGGCUGUCCCUGCACCUUGUCCUAGGGGAAUGACCUCUGGGGGGCAAGGGAGGAGGUUGGCUGCUGUCACUCUAGUUGCCCGCCCUGGCCAGCUCUCCGCAUCCUAAAUGGAUAGGGCCGUCCCUCACAGAACAGUGGUUUCUGGCCCAAAGCGAGACUCCUUUCACUGGGAAGGGCGCAGGUGGGCCAGGUAGGAAGGCCAGACGUGCUGAUAGCUCAGCCAUGGGGACCACCUGUUCGCACCCCCUUCAGUGGGAGCCGAAGGGAAGGCUGGCUGAUGGGUGUCUCGAGUGAGGAUGUAGCGGGGUUGGUGUCCGCACCGCCCUGCGGCCAAAGAUGGGGCUCUGCCCGCCGUGUGCCUGUCAUCACCCACCAGCAGUCACACCCUUGCCUCCCCGACGGAGAGGCGGCAGGCAAAAUAAAAGAAAUGAAAACAGGAAACUGUAUCGUGUUGGGGGAGGUGGGAGGGGAGAAGGGAGAACGGUUUGCAUUUUGUGUGUGUGUGUGGUUUUUCUUUUCUUUCUUUUUGUGUGUGUGUGUGUUUCAGUAGUUGUCUGUAACUUUCCUUAAGUGCGCUUUUUUUUUUUUUUUUUUUUUUUUUAAAGUAAGCUGCAGGCUUUGGCUUGGAAACCCCCAGGGGUAUGGAGGGCAGAAACCUGAGGCUGCUGCCCUUUUAUCUGCCUUCACGGUACUGUCCCCUACCCCCAGCUCCUCCCUGACCCUGUGAGCCAGGCCUCAGACCUUCCAGCUAACCGCUUCCCAUGAGCCACUACUCUGAUGUCAGCCUAUAACCAAAGGAGCUGGGGGGCCGGACCUGGUGACCAACCCUCUCAGCCCACUCAAUCAGGGUGCUCCCCACCUGCAGGCAGGAGGCAACACCCUAUCUGCUACCAUCAGCCCCUUCCAGAGCCCACUGCCCCGCUCUGCCCUGUCCAGCCCAGCCAUACCCUGCUCUGCCCCAUCCGGGGAUGCUCUGCUCAGGGAUGGGCCGGCAGGGUUGCCCCCAGCCUCCCUAGGAAGCAAGAGAUUCUGGAGACCUCCGGGGUCCUGUUUCCUGGCUAUGUGAUACUAUGGGUGCACAUGGGCCCCUUGGGUGUCUGAACAGAGGGCAUGGGAGGGAGGGCCGCACCCCUGCAGUCUGCUCUGCUGGUCUGGCGGGCAGCUGCCCACCCCACCCCGCACCGCGGGCUCCUGAGUCGGCAGAUUAAGCAUUUUAUAAAUUGUAUUUUAAAUACAUGUUUUA